GAGACAGCCAAUGGGAAUUUCAUGCCUAAAAAGACCCAAGAAACACGAUUUAAGCUACCUGACUCCACAGCCAGUCCUAGAGACGUACGUCCACAGUUCGGGAGGAAAUUGAGAGGAGAAUCAUUUCUCCGGCACCUCCACCAAAACCCGGCGACCUCGCCCAGCCAGAACCGGGAUUCAGAGGAUGCUGCGUCCUCGGAGGGGGGACCCAAGGGCAAAGGCCAGCGCCCCCCUCGCAGAUUCCGUGCAAAGCGUGCAACCGCAACAAGAAGGCAUUUUCUCAGGCACCUCAGCCAUCGCCAGGAGGCUCGGUCCGACCACGAUCAGGAUGCAGAGGAUCCUACAUCCUCGGAGGGGGGACCCGCAGGCCAAGGUCAUCGUCCCCCUCGUGCAACCGUGACAAGGCCUUUCCACCAACACCUCAGCCAGGCAGCUCUGAAGGGCCAGGAUCAGAGUUCUGAGUAUGCUGCAUCCGUGGAGGUGGAACCGGCAGGCAAAGGCAAGCGCCCCUUUCGAAGAUUGGGCACAGUGGUAACAAGAGCGUCGCGAUUGGUCGUUCGCCAUGCAGAGGCGGGGCCUGAUUCCUGCAUCUGGGCCUCCGAGACACCGCCAAAGCCAGAGAAGCGGCACCUGGGGGCGAUGGCCACACCAAGCCUUAGGUCCCACGAGGUAGGUGCGGACCAGAGAGGGGACAAGAAAGGGAAGGGUGAAAGUCUGGCCAUUACCUUGGCCAGAGGCUUGAACACCCCCCCGCCCCGUCUCUGCUCUGGGAAGAUCAAGACACGCCCCACGGAGAUCCCGGCCCACUCCCAGGAGGCUGGAAACAAGUCCAUUUCCUCAGGGAGCCGCCGCGGCCUUCUUUGGCACCUCCGAGCCAGGCAGUCUAGAGUUGGCCUGUUUGAGGUCGGUCCAGGACAUGAGCUGCAUAGAAUGACACGAAUGAUGCAGGAAGGGCUGUGGGCUGCCACCCAGGUCUCCAAGAACAACCCACCCACGGGACCUACUACCCAGAAGGAUUACCUGGAAGUCAUGACCCAAGUUCACGAAGAGGGCUUCGAGCUGGGCACCUUGGCUGGCCCGGCUUUUGCACGGCUGAGGAAAUCCAUUGGCCUGACUGAAGAGGACUACCAGGCUACUCUUGGCCCUGGUGAUCCCUACCUUCAAUUCUUCAGCACCUCCAAAAGCAAGGCCAGCUUCUUCCUGACCCACGACCAGCGCUUCUUUGUGAAGACCCAACGGCGCCACGAAGUGCAUGUGCUGCUUGCCCACCUGCCCCGCUAUGUGGAGCACCUGCAGCAAUACCCACACUCCCUGCUGGCACGGUUGCUGGGCGUAUACAGUCUGCGGGUAGCUCAGGGGAAAAAGAAGUACUUCAUCAUCAUGCAGUGCAUCUUCUACCCUACCAGCCGCAUUUCUGAGAGGUAUGACAUCAAGGGCUGCAACAUAAGCCGCUGGGUAGAUCCAGCCCCUGAGGGCAGCCCCCUUGUCUUGGUGCUGAAGGACCUCAACUUUCAAGAAAAGACCAUGAGAUUGGGAGCCCAGCGGAGCUGGUUCCUCCGGCAGAUGGAGCUAGACACCGCCUUCCUGCGGGAGGUGAAUGUACUGGAUUACAGCCUCCUGGUGGCCAUCCAGUUUCUCCACGAAGACGAGAAGGGCAUUCACCACUCUGUCUUCAGCACAUUCAAUCAUCACCAGCAGCACCACCACUGUGUACUCUAUGUUAUGUAGAAGAACCGUCACUCCCGCUAUGCUGGCCAUGGCCCUCACUGAGACCACGCACUGACUCUUGACCAUGAAGGCUCAGAGAAGGGAAGGGAAGCCAAAGGACUCUGCUCUAAUUACACUUCUCUAAGGCGCACCCCUGGGGUUGACCAGUAAGCCCAUUUGCGACUUCAAGCCUACCAGAUGUGCCCUAAAGUACACCUUUAAUCCCAGCACCCAGGAAACAGAGCCAGGUAGAUCUCUAAGUUCAAGGUCAGCCAGAGCUACAUAUAGUGAGACCCUGCUCAAACAACACCAACUCAAAACUCAAGCGCAUUGGUCUCGUGUAGGACAGAGAAAGUUAGGGAUGAGGGUGGCCUCGGCUCUCAGGCAAUUUCUAUUCCUGCUCCAUCUAUGGAAGAGGCCCUUGGCCUGGAGGAGACUUGAGUAGGAUACAGUGAUGGCUCCCCACACAGUCACAGCCCAGCCAUGUCUGGAUCAGAUGAUAAAGUGUCUGCCAUGGUACAGGAUCGCUCAAGCUCAGCUUUUACCUGCUGCUGAUGCGUAGCGCAGAGCACUGCUGUCAUUGGUCCAGUAAGUUCCAGUUUGCACAGAAUCGUCAUCAUGUUGAAAUAUUUCCCAACAGGCUCUUCAUCGCUGCCCCACACACUCCCUCUGGAAGCUUAGGCUCUUCUGACACUGUUUUUUGAUUAGUUGAGACUGUAGCGGGGCUUGUCUCUCAUUGGCUGACUUAUUUUCUAGAGCCCGCCCCUCCCGUGAUUGGCAUAAAGAAAGCCCUAUAGCAGUGGCUCUCGAUCCCUUUAGGGGUUGCAUAUAAAUGCAAAUAUUUCCAUUACGAUUCAGAACAGUAGCAAAAUUACAGUUAUGAAGCAGCAAUGAAAUAAUUCUAUGGUUGGGGUCACCACAGCACGAGGAACUGUAGCGUCCCCUGCAGGAUGAGGUAGAGAAAUUGAACUUGCUUCGGCUGACUGGGAUUUAGUGGUCAGGAACCUGCCCGCAAGAAUACACUUGAGGGAAAUCACAGCGCUACAAACUGGGAUUGUUAGGCUCCUCGUUCACAGUUCUUCAUCUCUGCGACCCUAAGGCUUCUAGGAUGAGAUUAUCCCGCAAACCUGACCAAGGCCAGGUCCACAUGACCCAAAUGCUCCAGAUCGGCCCUCCCCAACAGAAAUAAAAUUCAAUUCAGAAUAUCCAGAGUCCUAUGUCCCAUUCAUAGGCACUGGCCACAAGUCACUGCUGAGUCUUUGAAAUAUAAAAUUACUCCCCAACCCCCAUACCCUCAUUUACAAAGGUUUGGGUGUUUGUUUGUUUUUUAAAAGAGGGCUGGAGUUGUUGCUCAGUUGUUAGAGUGCUUACCCAGCAUGCACCAUGGCCUGGGUUCUAUAGAACCAUAUAGACUGCCCUGGGUGCCCCACACCUGUAAUCCUCAGACUAUUUAAAAAAAAGAAAGGAGAGAAAGAAGAAACAGGCGAGAUUAGUCCUAGUAUUAUACACUCUCUGCUAACAGAAGUGGUACAUGCCUAUAAUCCCAGUAUUUAGAAGGUGAGGCAGGAUGACCAGAAAUCAAGAUCAUUUUUGGCUGCACAGCAAGUUCAAGACCAGUGUGAGCUACUUGUAUUGAAACCCUGUCUCAAAAGCA